GACUUACCCGGCACAGGAGCGGUGUUGCUGUGGUGAUCUGUGAUGCUGUUACUCCGGUGAUGAUGUUCACUUGUUAUUUCGGUGAUCUACAAUGGCCUGUCGAAGAACACGUCGCUUGGCGGCAAUCUGUAAACAUGCCUUUUUAAUCGUCCUUAUCACGCUUCUCUGUCGACUUGCUCUUGUCCGUAUCGCCGACGAGGCUCCGAGACGAACUGGAGAAGACUCAAGAGGCAAGAUCGAAGCUGUUGGUGACGAUGUAGUGACACCGGAGGAGAUUAAUCAGGCGCUGGAGAAACUCAAGAUAGGACUCAGUCGCAUCUCGAUCCCGUGUCGUCGCUUGGUGCGGAUGGGCGGGAAACUGACAUGUUCAUGUGAGACCAAGAAGUGUUUGGUGGAUGGAGCGAAGCUCGUAUGUUUAGACGAAGGCGUUCGGCCUCGGCCCGGCCGCUGUUUUGCUCUCAGCUUCGGCAUUGGCUUCGAAACGAGCUUCGACGAGGCCUUGGUGAAUUAUGGAUGUCGGGUCAUCGCACUCGAUCCUACCAAUUCGAACAUAACCAACGUUGUUCAUGAUGUUAGCAUAACCGACAAAUUGCGGCCAGUAAACAAAAUGAAUUAUUUACACCACAGGAAGUUCCAUGCCCUUAACCUGGGUAUCGACGCCAAGGCAUCUACAAUGAUCCUCAAUAUAACUACGGAUGGUGUUGGCUAUUUAAAUAGCAUCGCUUCGUUUGUCACCUACAAAGCCAUACUCGACACGCUAGACAAUCCUCGUGUCGACCUCCUGAAGAUCGACAUCGAAGGUGUCGAGUGGAGAGUUCUCAAACAGCUUUUGAGUUCACCAGACGCUCGGCAUCUCUUGGAACACACGCGCCAAAUUCUACUUGAAGUUCACUUGGACUUCCUCGUGAAUGUCGCGAACGCGGACGAUAUCUUCGACGGAACGAUAACCACGCUAUCGACUCUACGACUCCUCGAACAGUUUGGCUUCUACAUCGCUGCGUAUGACCUGAAUGAAACUGGUCAGAAAUAUUUCGUCUUCAAGGAAGUCAAAAUACCUCUAUAUCGUGAGCUGACACUAGUCAAGAGAUUCCCCUAAAGUUUAUAGUUGAUAAACAUGUUAUGAAAAGGAAAUUAUAAGGAAGCACUAAGCCAGUAUAACCAUUUAAGAACAUAAGAACA